AGCGUCCGAACCCUGUGAUCGCCGAUCAGAUGCUGACGCCGCAGAAGAGGCGCCGCCGCCGCAGGAGGUCUCCUCGCGAAGGACCGUCCCGCCGGCGCCGCGGUGAAGAAGGCGCAUCGUUGUCUGGAUCCCUUGUCGAAUUGGACAUCAGCAGCACGACAUCCAGCGCACCGCCGGCCCGCCAGUCCAGGUACCAUGAGAUCCUCGCCUCGCGCCUCGCCGGAUUGCACUUACAAGCGGGCGUCGCUGUCGACAGCCCAAAUCUUCCUUCCGAUGAAAUUGUCCAAGUCCUCGCUCGUUCUAAUUUCUAUGAUGAUGAGCUGCGGGCUGCCCUAGUAGAAUAUCAAGCCCACAAGUUCUUGAGCGAACCCCACGGACCAGAUGUUGGAGGUACAUACUUUGGAGAGGACUCGGGCGAUGAUAUCACUGCGGAGGAAUUUGCCAAGUACUCUGGACAACUAAAGACUCGCAGACCGGCUGAAAUUGACACUAAGACUGGACUGGAUCAAGAGCAGUUGGACAGCCUCCUCGCCAAGUAUAAACGUUAUCGCUUCAAAGCUUACCUGCUUCUGUUAGGAAAGCCUGUCGACGAGCUAGAAGAAGCUGCAUUGGAAUGCAAGUACCCUAUGGAGCUUGGCUUGGAGAAUGAGUUCUUCUCUCCUUACCUUCAUGAUAGUGCCUUUGGCUGGUAUUUCGACCACGACCUCUGUUUACUUGCAAACUUGAGCGACUACCAGCGGCUAGUCCUUCCUAACUCUGGUGGGAAUGAGUAUGAAUAUGACAGAUGGAGUCAGUACAAAGCGUUUUAUAACACCCCUGAUGCUGAUAGAGAGUAUGUGCUGUACUGGGAAAAGAUGGUCAAGGAAAUGAAGUGGCUUGAAAAUCAUGUGCUUAAAGAUUUUCUGGAGUGGGAGCCAAUGCGCCGUAAAGGUUUGUACCAAUCAAUUAAGAUUGCCAAUGGGUUCACCAACAUUCAUUUGGGUCUAGCAUGUCAUGGUUUCGAGGAGUAUGUAUUGAGGACUCGCCUUAAUCGUCUGUUUGUCGAAGGUCUUGACCGUGCCUUUCUUGAGAUUUGGAAGCGGGUCAAUGAGGGUCAGAUGUGUUUCAGAGAUGCUCUGCAGGAUGUUUACAAUGAGAAUCUGGUUCCAUUGCGCCAACAUACUUUGAAGGCUGAGCUGGAGUGGCCCGGCGGUUUUUUGCAACUGGAGCGACAAUUCCGCCGGUGCACAGAAGGCAUUAGUAAGGAACUUCCAGAUCAAAGAGUCCAAGAGUUGAUUGCGCAGGAAAUUAACUACAAGCGUGCGUUGCCAAAGACGUAUGCACAGUACGCCAGGAAGAAGCUCCAGGUUGCACAAGUCUUGGGAAUCAUUCCCAGGGCCGAGAUACCAGCGUAGCUAGCUGUGUUCGUUUGUUGCUGGCGACCGUGGUGAUCUCUUGGCAUUAGAUGCCCAUGUACAUGUGGGCUUGUAAAUAUGACGUACGUACCCUUUGAGCAAAUUGUU